AUGCUCACUCUGACUGUCCAAGCCGAGCUGGAGGGCGUCACUGCUCUCCAGCCCACUGAUACCGAGGAGAACCCUUACUUCUACACUUUCCGGGUGCAAUGCACCUCCUGCCACGAAACUCACCCGAACUGGGUCAGCUUCAACCGCUUUGAAGUUCAUGAAAUCCCGGGCAGCCGUGGUGAGGCGAACUUCGUGUGGAAGUGCCGUCUGUGCACGAAAACCCACACUGCCUCCAUCACCAGUGGGCCCAAGGCCUAUGAGGCCCAGGAGAAGAAGAACAGCCAGAAGAUCCUGGAGAUGGAUUGCCGGGGUCUAGAAUUCAUUGAGUUCAAGCCUGAUGGUGACUGGGAAGCCAAGGGUGUUGACUCUACCACCACUUUCACUGGUAUUGACCUCACCGAGGGCGAGUGGUAUGAUUAUGAUGAGAAGAAGGGCGAGGAAGUCAGUAUUAAGGAGAUUACCUGGAAUGUUGGCCGUUGA